AUGACGACCCAAGCGGACGCUCAAGAUCCUUUGGCCGGUCUCGGCGAGAUUAACUGGUCGAAUCUCGAACACGCUUAUGGUUCGGCCGAGGACAUUCCCCCUCUUGUACGAAAAUUGAAGUCUUCAGACAAAGAGGAUAUCACUUCGGCUUAUGGCGUUUUAUAUACCAGCAUCUUCCAUCAAGGCAGCCGGUACUCGGCCUCGAGCGCUGUAGUCCCAUUUUUAUAUCGACUUGCGAUCUGCCCGGAAACAUUAUGCAGAGAAAAUAUCGUUCGUCUCCUCACGCGUUUGGCCAUUGGCGAGCCAACGCACCACUGGCUUCGAGGCAUUGAUGUCAAAGGAUGGCGCGAAGACGUUGCUACAUUCCAGGCCACCGGCUGGUGCGAAGAAGAGAAGACUCGACGUCUUGAGUGGAUCAAUGAAGGCGCCGACGAGGACGAUCGCAAGAGGCGCAAGUUGCGGUCCAUUUUGUUCCCUUCCCCCGAAGAAAUCGUCAAGUCCAGUGUUGCCGAGCUUGGCGUAUAUGAUGCCGUCAAAGACGGUCUCCAACACAUCAUCGAUCUCUUGAACGACGACUCCGUGGCGAUCCGACAAGAAGCUGCGUACGCAUUAGCAUGGUUUCCUGAGGAACUAGAACGAAUCCAUCCAGCGUUGUUUAAUCUCAUCGACAGCGAGACGAACCCAGUAGUCCAAGCCACUGGCCUAAUCGCACUUGGUCAACUACAAACUAGGUCGGAGGGCGGCAUUGACGACACUCCCGUUGUGCGAUGCCUGAACUCCGUAUUUGCACAAGGUCGCGGGUCGGGCCUUAGCCGCUGGGCCAGCGCUAUAGCACUCAUCAUGCUGCACGUUUCUCAACCCGAACACGUCAACGAGGUACUGCGCAAGCUAAAGGAAAAUGAUUACCUCCAAGAAUACGAACCUUGGAAUCUCGAGGACGUGAACUUUGAGUUUGCUGAUCCAGAUUUGGCCUCUCUCGCCACGAUGUCGUUGAGAAACUUGACCCGAGCAAACAGCCAAGGCUCUGAAAUGGUCAUUAUAGAGAUCAUCCCGGCUUCCCGUGGGGAGACGACCCUUGUCCUUGCGGAAAUCGGCCUCAAGUUGGUUUUUGAAACGCCGGCAUCUGAGCCACUCACUCCGGAAGGUCUGAUACAUGACCAGCGGGAACUCAUCCGGGCACUCACCAAGGUGGAUAGUUUUAACUGGUCUUUCGCGAAUUUUCUCUCGAUACUAAGCGGUUGGGCUUUGCCGACGUCUUUACAAAAAUUGAAAGCUUUAGUGGGCGAGGAGUGA